AUGAUUUUCCGAGCUUUGCUCGCUCUGGCAACCUUCGUGCCACCGUCCCUUUGCAAUUAUACAAUUUCCCUGACCAGCACGAAUGGUAUAACCAUCUCUGAUGGAAACAAGACUGUCGUCAACAAUGCAGCAAUCCUUUCCGGAACCCAAAAUACUACUGUGUCGGCCUUGAAGAACGCAACGCAAGGUCUUACGUACGAAUUGAUCACUCCUACCGUUGCUAAAGUCCAAUUGAACACCACUGCCAACUUCCACGGUGCGCGAUUCACAGCGGAACCGGAUACACAUUUCUUUGGUGUUUGGGAGUACCCGUUCAAUUACCAAAUAACAAACAAGAACGUUUCCUUUGAUCUGAAAGGUGUCGGCAACAAUGUCGGAAUCAAUUGGGUGAAUGCGCGUGCUCCGUUCUUUCUCACAUCUGCCGGGUAUGGCGUGUACACCGAUACACUGAAGAUGGGGUCUUAUGACUUCACAACUCCCGGCGAGGCUCAAUUCAUAUUCAACACGAGUAGUCUGCUGUACUACAUCAUCCUCCCCAAGGAACAAGGAGAUAUCAAGAGCAUAAUCGAGCAGUACACCGAAUUAUCAAGUAGGAGCGAGAUCCCGUCAACUUCAGGUCUAGGCCCAACGUUCUGGUCGGACGACUUUACCCAAGACUUCCAUGGCUCCGUUUCAAACGCUGAGGAGAACAUCUACGAUGUAGUAAAUCACCUCUACUAUAACCAAAUUCGUGCGACAUCAUCAUUCGCGGACCGUCCAUACGGCACGGGAAAUCGGUCUUGGGGUAACUUCGAUUUCGACCCGAAGUUCUAUCCCAAUGUAGAAGUCUUCCUCAAGAAUUUGACAGAUUGGGGAUUCGACUUCCAGGUCUGGAUCGCAAACCGCGCACAGUUGGGCACAGAGUUAUACAAUAAGAGUCUGGCGGAAGGGUGGCAGUAUCCUCUCGAUCUGCCUCCGCUUGGCGCCUUGGGCGCGGCAUUGGAUCUGUCGAUCCCAGAAGCGUACCAAUAUUUCGAAAAGAAGCUUGAAUACUUCGCAUCAAUUGGCGUCAAAGGGUACAAAAUUGAUCGAGGCGAGGAAGGCGAGAUGCCGGACUAUGUACAAAACGAACAAAUGGCAUUGUUCUUACAGCUCGCCUACGACUCCAUGGUACAGAAGCACGGAGCGACGAAGUUCCACAACUUCGCACGUAGUGCAGUCGAUCGGUCGCGCUCGGUCACGCAUAUCUGGAAUGGAGACAGCCAUGCCAAUUUCACUGGCUUGGCAUACUCGGUCGCAUCCGGUAUUCGAUCCGGACUGAUCGCUUUUGGUAUCUGGGGCUCGGAUACUGGUGGGUAUACCCGAGAGGGGACGUUGACGCCGACUGAGGAGGUUUGGGCGAGAUGGAUGUGGUUCUCUGCUUUCUCUCCCGUCUAUGAACUCAUGCUUGGAACGAAUCAUACUCCAUGGUACGAGCCGUAUACGCAGCAAACCGUCGACGUCUUGAAGCAAACGGCAAAUCUCCAUGCUGAUCUUACACCAUACAUCAAAAGCUAUGCCUACGUGAACAGCAAGACCGGAGUUCCAAUCAUCCGGGCUCUCUUCCUUGAGGCGCCCGAAGACUCCGCGACAUGGGAAGUACCAGACGCAUACUUCUUCGGAUCCGAAUUUAUUGUCGCUCCCAUAGUCACUUCAGGUGGAUCUCGAAGUGUUUACUUCCCUAAAGGUCCAUCGAAGAGGUACAUCGAGUAUUUCAACAAGACGUCUAUUCACGCAGCCGGAACGACUGCCAAUGUCAGCCUUCCUGUAACUUCGAUUCCAGUAUAUGUCAAAGAGGGCGCUAUUAUCACGCGAGGAGACAUCUUUCAAGGCAAUGCAAAGUGGGUGGAGGAUUGGCAAGCAUUCCUUUUCAUUGAGGUGUUCCCAAGUUGGGAUGUUCCUGAAUCAAGAUUCACGUACUACAGUGGAGAGGGCAACGAAGGUAAAGCAGUGGAGAUUGUCCUCGCUACGAACAAAGAAGACAGGACAGUAAAGGUUGUGUAUGGGGAUCUUGGUGUUGAGGCAGCGGUCCUAUGGCAGCUAAAAUCAGGCCCCAAAGAGGUCAACUUGAAUAGGGGCGGUGGUUACACAACACUUACGGAUGUGGAGCUCUUGUUCUAG